AUGUUUGGAUCCACUACUCAAUCAUCAACAACUCCAUCUUUUGGAGGAUUUGGAUCCACUAAUAAUACCAACAGUAGUUCUUUAUUUGGAGCCAAACCUAAUACAACAACCGCAGGAACAACUGGAGGUGGAUUAUUUGGGUCUUCAACUAACCAACAACAGCAACCAGCAUCAGGUGGGUUGUUUGGUGCUAAACCUGCAACAGGAACAACUACAGGAGGUGGAUUAUUUGGAUCUCAACCACUGACUAAUACAACCACAGGAGGUGGACUUUUUGGAUCCCAAAAUAACCAACAACAACAGCAACAACAAAGUGGUGGAUUAUUUGGAGGUGGUCAACAACAGCAAACCAAUCAAGCAUCAAAUACUAGUGGAGGUGGGUUAUUUGGAGGAGGACAACAACAACAGCAGACAAAUCAAACCGCAAAUACCAGUGGAAGUGGGUUAUUUGGUGCUAAACCAGCUAAUACUAAUACCACUAGUGGAGGCGGAUUAUUUGGAGGUCAAAAUAAUACUGCUAAUACAACAUCAACUGGCGGAGGAUUAUUUGGUAACAAACCUUCAGGAGGUGGACUUUUUGGUCAGCAACAAAAUACUGCAAAUACUGCCAAUACUGGAGUAGGUGGAGGGUUAUUUGGUUCUGGAACAACAACCAACACUUCUGGUGGUGCAGGAGGAUUAUUUGGAAAUAAACCUACUACUACAACAACAACAAUUGGAGGAGGAUUGUUCGGUGGUGGUCAGCAACAACAGCAACAGCAACAACAACAAAUACAGACACCACAAUUAACUGGUAUGACCAGAGUAGGUGAUCUACCACCAAAUAUCAAAAAUGAAUUAGAACAAUUUGACAAAUAUAUAAAUACUCAACAUGUAAUUGCCACUACAUUAAAUUCAGACAUGUCAAAGCAUAAUAAUUUAAUAAAUACUAUACCUAAAGAUAUAAAUUAUUUACAAAAUAAAGUAUUAUCAACCAAGCAAGCAUUAAAAUUUGAUAUUAAUCAAUUAAUAAAUUUGAAAAAUAUGAAUAAUGAAAUAACUGAAGAUAUAAACAAAAUAAUGCAAUUAAUAUUACAAUUGAGUACUCCAGGGACCAAAUUAUCUAGUUCGUUUCAAUUGAAUGAAUUUUUCAUUAAAAAAAUUAAAAAAUAUUAUCAAAUGUUAACUCAAUAUGAAUCAAUGAUAAAGGAAUUGGAAAUGAUUUUAACUGGAUUAGAAAAAAGUUGUACUGAAGGAUUUGGAAAUUUGUUUGGUAUUGUUCAAGUUAUUAAAUCUCAAUAUAGUUUAUUUAUGGAAUUGACUGAAACAAUGGCUCAAUUACAUAAUGAAGUGAAUAGAUUAACUAAAUAG